CUGCUCCAGGCGCUGGGCUUCUUCCCCCUCAGUGCCUCAGAGGAGGGGACAGCAGAGCCAUGGCCCCCCGUACAGCUGCCGUCCGCCAGACCUGCUGCUGCUUCAACGUCCGCAUAGCCACAACCGCCCUGGCCAUUUACCAUGUGAUCAUGAGUGUCUUGUUGCUCAUUGAGCACUCAGUGGAGGUGGCUCACGGCAAGGCCUCCUGCAAAUUCUCGAAGACAGGCUAUCUCAGGAUUGCUGACCUGCUCUCCAGCUUCCUGCUCAUCACUAUGCUCUUUAUCAUCAGCCUGAGCCUGCUGAUCGGUGUGGUUAAGAACAGGGAGAAGUACCUCCUGCCGUUCCUGUCUCUGCAAGUCAUGGACUUCCUCCUGUGCCUGCUCACCCUGCUGGGCUCCUACAUCGAGCUGCCUGCCUACCUCAAGUUCGCCUCUCGGAGCCGGACUGGCCCCUCCAAGGUCCCCCUGAUGACCCUGCAGCUGCUGGACUUCUGCCUGAGCAUCAUGACCCUCUGCAGCUCCUACAUGGAAGUGCCCACCUAUCUCAACUUCAAGUCCAUGAACCACAUGAAUUACCUCCCUAGCCAGGAGGGCAUGGCUCAUAACCAGUUCAUCAAGAUGAUGAUCAUCUUCUCCAUUGCCUUCAUCACCGUCCUCAUUCUAAAGGUCUACAUGUUCAAGUGUGUGUGGAGGUGCUACAAAUUCGUGAAGUACAUGAACUCGGCCGAGAAGAGGAACAGCUCCAAGAUGCUCCAGAAGGUGGUCCUGCCAUCCUACGAGGAAGCCCUGUCUCUGCCACCCAAGGCUCCAGAGGGGGACCCAGCACCACCCCCCUACUCGGAGGUGUGACUCUCGCCAGGCCCCAGCCCUGGUACUGGGAGGAGUGGAGCCGCCUCAUAAUCUGCUUCUUUGCUUUGGCGGCCCCUGUGGCCUGGGUAGACCACCCGGCUGACUUCAGGACAAUCUGCUUGUGUGCCCCUUGCUGGCCUGUCCUUUCGUGGGGCCUGUAAGAUGCUCACAAUUAGGUCAACCCUUUUGACUGAAUGACUCCUUGGGUCUUUCCAAAAUUCAGUCCGACAACACUGGGUUUAUUUUGACCAGCUCCGACACUUGUUUAAUCAACAGAUCAUUCUAAAUUGAAUGAGCUUGGUUAAACAAUUGUCAGCUUGACUAGUUUAGCCAAACAAUUGACAAAUCCAAACCACACUUGUCAAUUCUUUAAAAUAAUUUGGUCAAAUAGCCAUUGCAUUGCUUUGUAAAUAGUCAGUUCACACAUAGCAAUUAAGCUGAGUAAUUGUAAUCCGUUUCCCUUUAUAUAUAUUAUAUGUACAGUACAUAUAUGUGUGAGUAUAUAUAUAUAUGUAUAUACUCACACAUAUAGUCAAUUUCUUCAAAUAGCUUGCUUAGACAAUAAUCAAUUCAGCCAACCAUCAGUCUAUUUAGAAUAGUCAUAAAAUUCUGUGGAAAAAAAAAAAAUCAAAUUAGCCUCCAAAUGGUUCAAUCUAGUCCAACAACUGGUAGCCCAUUCUACUUAAUUCAGCACCUCUGAGUCAGUGAAUAAUUGUCAAGUCGAAUGAAAGUUCGGUCAAACAGUUGCCAAUCCAUCACACAAUAGCUCGUUCCAGGAAAUAACAGUUGUUUCAAUCAUCAAACAGUCACCUCAGACAUUAGCUGUUUUAUUAAAGAGUUGUCACCAUUAACAGCCAAACAAUUGCUUAUUCAGUCACCCUGUGGUCUGUGCAGUCAAAUAGCAGUGGGUUCAGUGAAAGGAGGUCAACUCAAUCACAAACAAACCCACCAGCCAGGCCAUCGAUUGCCACUGAUUCAGUCAUAAACACAUCAGUUCUGCCCAAUAAACUUGUGGUCAAGCAGAAAUUGAGCCCGGAAAUAAGACAAAUCUGUUUAUUGGACUAAAUCCACAGGUAAGUUCAGUCAAAACAGGUAAACCCUUUGUGGAUGCAGGAUGCGGACCCUGCCGUGGGGGCUUGCGUUUGGUGGUGGGAGUAGGACGGUGUGGGCCCCAGUAUCCCCCCUCUUGCCUGCUUCCUGAGGGGCCAAGGCCCCUGAGGGAGCUGAUCCACGGAGGCAGGCUCUCUGGGGUCUUUGAGGGGGUGCAGAGGGAGAAGGCUGUGCCAGGGGCUCCCUGCUAAUACCCCCUUGUGUAAUUGCUUAGUGUGGGACAGGAAAGAAGUUUCAAUAAAGCAGCAACAAGCUUC